ACCCCGGCUGCACCCCGCGUCUCUUCAGCGCCCUCCUCAGCUGCUCCGCAUUCCUUCUCGUGCUCCUGCCUUUCCAUCCAUCUCCCCGGGGGCCGUGACCGGCCCCAUCUGAAAAGCAGAAGUUCUGGCCGGACCCCCUCCCCCUCAAGUGUUCUUACGUGUGGGGGUGGCUCUCAGCCCCAGGGGCUCGGCCUCUGCUUCCCUGUGACCCUUCUCGGGACGCCGAGCGCCCGGCGCCUGGCAGUCGGAGCUGCGAGCGGGGGCGGGUCCGGCUUUGACCCCUCUUCACCCCGAUCCGCAGCAGGCCCGGCCGACCCCUCCCCCAGGAAGCUGGGAGGCCGACUGAUAAGCUGCACCCUGUCAUCCCCAUUCCCAGCCACUUCCUGGGGCCGCGCUGCUCACGGGAGGACCCGAGGGAUUUGCAUAGGGCCCCGCAGGGAGCUGCUUCCUGGUCAGAGGGGGCGAACCUCCGGGAACAGGCCCGGGCUUUGGGGCCGCCCGGCCGCACUCCGGGCCUCCCAGUGAGGUGCACUCUCUCGGGUGAAGGGACCCAGCCCGCCGCGCGUCAGUCUGGAGACCCUCCCGUCUUCCUGUUGCAGGGAAAUCUGCAUGUGAGUGCCGCGCCUCUGCGCUAUGGACCGCAGCCAGCCCAGCGUGGAGCCCAUGGCCGCGGCCCCCAGCGCGCCGGCCCGGAGCGUGAUAGCGCCGCUGCGCGCGGUGGUCCGCCUGCGCCGCCGCGUGCGCCUGCUGCGCAAGAGGCACCUCCCGACCCCCGGCGCAGGGCUGGACUCCGGGUGUCUGGCGCCCCGCAGGGACCCGGACCAGCCGCAGAUCUUCACUUUCGACAGCCCCGCAGAGCUGUCCUCAAGGACGCUGCGCAAGAAGCGCCGGCGCAGCCGCGUGGUGCUCUACCCCGAGAACUCCCGCAAGUGCCGGCCGCGCGCGGAGCGCCGGAGCCGCGCGCAGCACUGCCUGCUGCUGCUCGUGGCCAUCGUGGGCUUCCAGGUCCUCAACGCCAUCGAGAACCUGGACGAUAACGAGCAGCGCUACGACCUCGACGGGCUGGAGAAGGCGCUGCGGCGCGCUGUGUUCGGCCAGCCGGCCGCCGUGGGGCGCAUCGUGGCGCUGCUGCGGGACUAUCUGUCCACGCACGUGCACAGCCGCCCGCUGCUCCUGGCCCUCCACGGACCCAGCGGAGUGGGUAAGAGCCACGUGGGCCGCCUGCUGGCGCGCCACUUCCGCGCGGUGCUCGAGGACAGUCAGCUCGUGCUGCAGUACCACAUGCGGCACCACUGCCCGGAGCCGCGCGCCGCACAGGGCUGCCGCGAGGAGCUGGCGCGGCAGGUGGCCGCAGUGGUGGCGCAGGCCGAGGCGGAAGAGAAGACCCCGCUCCUGGUGCUGGACGAGGUGGAGCUCAUGCCGCAGGCGCUCCUGGACGAGCUGCACGGCCUCCUGCAGCCGCAGCGCUCGCGUCACUUCCACAACGCCAUCUACGUGCUGCUGAGCAGCACGGGGGGCGCGGAGGUCACGCGCUUCGUGCUGCAGAACGCUUCCGGCUCGCUGCCACCGCGGCCCAGCGGCCCCCUGCGUGGCGCCCGUGUGGAGGAGGAGCUGAGCACCAGCCUGCGGGCGCUCCUAGUCCGAGAGCACCCUCUGUGGCAGGCCGCGGCCGUGGUGCCCUUCUUGCUGCUGGAAAAGCAGGACGUGGUCAGCUGCUUCCGGGACGAGAUGGCAGCCGAGGGCUUCUUCCCAGAGCAGGCCCGCGCGGAGCUCCUAGCGGAGCAGCUCAGCUACUACCAAGUGGCCGGCCACGAGUUCGCUGUCACGGGCUGCAAGCAGGUGGUGGCCAGGGUGAACCUCCUGUAGCACAGGCCGAGGUGGACGACAGCGGGUCACGGGUCUCCCGGGAUAUUGGGCGGCAGGAGUGGGAAGAGACCUGUGGAUUUGCCCCAGGCCCGAGGCCCCUAAUAAAUCUGUCUGUGG